CACCCCCCUACUCACCACCUCCCACGGCGACAACAAGCCGCGAGGAGCAGCGACGCGGCGCAGGCGACGGCGUAAUCCUACAUUUGUUACUCCCCACUUCCCUCGCAUCUCCGUGACGACCCUUCGCCGAGACCAAGCUGCAAACCUCAGGUGUGGGAAUCGCUCGCGUGACCAUGUCCCGGACACUCCUCGCGCCCCUCGCGCCUUUCGCGCCCAUAUUGUCAGGCCCUUCCCGAUGUGGUUAUAUCCCGCUCCGCGCGUUCUCGACGUCGCGCGCGCCCCGCGACGCCGCCCGAGAUGCGGAGAAGGCCGCGCUGGCCGAGGAGCAGAAGCGGAUCUACGCCCAGUUCCGGCCUGUGGUGGACGCCUUCGACGCGCCGAUUGACAUGGCCGUGGCGUACGGUAGCGGGGUAGUGAAGCAGGCGAACAAGACGGGGCCACCACCGCUCACCGACUUCAUCAUUGCGACGCCGUCCGCGCGCGCCUUCCAUGCCGCCAACCUCAAACAGCACCCCUCACAUUAUCCGCUGUAUGCGCGCCUUAUCGGGCCCGGCGCACUGUCAUGGAUGACGGACAAGCUCGGCGCAGGGCUGUGGUACGUCACCAUGGUCAAGUUCGGCGACUUGGAAGUCAAGUACGGCAUCCUGUCCACGGCGACGCUCACGCGCGACCUCGAGCAAUGGGAGACGCUCUACGUCGCCGGGCGGUUGCACAAACCCGUGCUUACGCUACACCUCGUGCCGUCCCUCCGCGCGCCGCUAGAGGCCAACACGCGCGCCGCGCUCUGCCUCGCCCUCCUCAACCUCCCGCCGCAAUUCACCGAACUCGAGCUCUGGGAGAAGGUCGCGGGCAUUUCGUACUCGGGCGACCCGCGCAUGAGCGUGCCCGGCGCCGAAAACCCCGAGAAGGUGCGCAACAUCGUGCGCGGGCCCGGCGUCCUCGGCGCGUUUCGCGGCCUGUAUGCGCCGCAUGUCGGCGGCGUGGGCCUACGAUGGGCUGACACGGCGGCUCAGGCACCGUCGACAACAGACGAGGGUUUGGAAUGGCGCGGCACCGGCGAAAAUACACUCACACAACCCGCGUCACACGAGCAUGCCGCGGCACUCCUCGCUGCACUCCCCCUCCGCGUGAGGCAACGCCUCGCCGCCCACUUCCGCCCCACUGUCGCUGCCGCCCUCCUCUCCCGCGAAGUCGCCGCUGAGCGACGUGAGAUCCGCGAGCGCCGCGCCGCUGCAAAGGCCGCCAAGGAGAGUCGGGCGUUGUACGACGACGCCGAGUUUUGGCGGCGCGUGGCCGCGCAGGAGGGCUUUGUCGAGGUUGUCAACAACGAGGUCCGGCACAUCAUCAAGCGGCCGGCGCUCACUCAGAGCGUGAAGGGUCUCGUGACGGCCGGUUUCCGAAAGAGUGUGGUGUACAGCUUAGCCAAGUUUAGAAAAUGGCUAGCUGGCCGGAGGAAAAAGUAGUAGACACUAGACGAUAAGUUGUGCUUGUCUUGGCCCCUUGUUCGCUGCCCUCAUGCCCGCGCGGCGCGCCCCUCGCAUGUAAUACUAUAACUACUUG